AUGGUUUCAACUAAUGUUCAAGUUGCUCGAUGGACUGCACUAGCCCUUGGGAUUACUUAUGGUUUUGUACGUAAAAAAUCAUUGGUUAGCUCUGAGGCAAAGAAAAAGGAGAUAGCUGAAUAUAAACAUAAAGAGGCACUAAUUAAUGAAGCUAAAGCUGCGUAUGCCGCUUCAAUUGCAUCUAAAAAUCUCGAUGAUCCAAAUGAUCCCAACUUUGAUUUAGAAAAACUUCUUAAACAUGCCGAAAAACAACAAUAG